UUUGUUGUGAGGUUCACAUUCUGUUGUCAGCAAAUUUUGUUUUCAGCCCUACUUUGUUGCUGUUCUUGGUGGUCUUUCAGAGAUUUUCUUUGGUUGGUGCAUUUCCAGGCUUUGCUUAUAAAGAGUUUUGAAAAUUUUGUUUUUCCUUCUUGUACAGCUUUGUUCUGUAUUAUUGUUGUUUGUUGGGCCUUGCUAUGCGUGUACAUCCUUUUCUUUCUCUUUAAUAGAAUCUUUCUUAUUUGCCUGGAAUUGAAAGAUUGAAUAAAACUGUUAAGAGUCCCAUUUUGAAAUUAAAAUAUUUCCCACUAGAGGAAAGUUCAAGUUUUCUUUUAACCAGGUAGUGUAUUUCUUUUCUAAUGUAGCCUGUAUCUAUUUGAUUUUGAAUACAAAUGCUGAAUUUUGUUUUGUUGUCUUUUAGGUUUAAUUGGAUUUGAUCCAUCUAAAGAGGGUGUGGAAUACAGUUGCUGGGGAUCUAUGGAAAGUUUCUUCAACUUUGUUAGGUGGAUUAGUUGAGUUUGGGUGAAUUGCAGUGUGGCUCCUGCUCAAGUCUUAACUGAUUUAGACCCAGAAAUGAAACUGGAAAGCACUGCAAAUGUUACUUCUGACAAAGACAAUUCGAAUUCCUCAGCAAUCCAAGAUGAAAAGGGUCUGAAGUGCAUGAGUAAUUAUGAGGACACCACGUUUGGCAUGGAAAUUUUGUUGGAUCAACAUAUUAAUACAAUAGUGGAGACUGUUGAUACAGAGGUCGAUAUAAUUGAAUGUGUGAAUGCUGAUGACCUCAGGUUCUCUCAUACUGAAGAUCCAAAUGCAACUGAAUAUUCCAGUUCUUUCGAUGACACAAUUUCAGGAACUGAAGAUGGUUCAAGGUUGAGUGAUGCAGAAGUGGAGUCAAGAUUCUGUAGUGGCAGUGGGUCUGUUUUUUAUGGAUUUGAUAGCAUGUUCCAAACAAGGAAGAAGAAGUUGACAGCUCAUUGGAGGAGAUAUAUAAGACCUCUAAUGUGGCGGUGCAAAUGGUUAGAACUGAGGAUAAAGGAAUUUCAGUCCCAAGCAUUAAAGUAUGAUAAAGAGCUUGUAGGAUAUGAUCAAAGAAAGCAGUUCGAUUCAGGGCAGCUUGCAUUAGAAGGGUGUUGUAUGAGGUCACUACCAUUUUGUAGACAGUUUCGGAGGAAAAAAGCCAUGGAGAGGAGAAAACGAAAAAGAGUUGAGGACACAGUUGAUAUAUCAUCAUAUAUGUCACGCCAUAGCCUGUUCUCGUCCUAUGAGAAUAAGAGGUCUAGUGUAAACGGGGUUUCUCUGGAUGAUGAUUGUGGUAAUCAAGGUAAGAAUUGACCACUGUGCCUUCCUAGAGAAACUUGGUGUCAUUGUAUAACACUUGACGUAUAAAUCAGAAGUAAGGAAAUAGGAUACUAGAUUUUGAAGUACUUGCACACAUAUAUGCACAAUUUUUAAAGCUACUUGAAGCAUUGAACUACUUCAACUUGGUGGCUGUGUUGUUCUUUCCUUUUUGGAUUUGUAUAUUGGGCAAGUGCUUAAACCUAAGAUACUGCCUGACACAUGAACCAGAAUCCCUAAUAUGGACAACCAAGGUAUAGGGGCUGGACUGUCUAUUUGCAUGACUGGUUGAUCAAAGCAGUUUGAUUUAACCAUGUCAAUGUGGUCUCUAUGGGCAUCUGAGAACUGGUUAGAGCAAUUUUUAUUCUUUGAAAAUCUAAAAAGGAAAGUUAAAUCCUAAAGAGUGAAGGUAAUGCAGGCUAAUCCCAAACCAGAAAAUCCAGCAAGAGACUAGCACAUAAUACGAUCACAGAACAGAGAACGAAACCAGAAUUGGGGGACAACAUUCAACUUAAGUUUGACAAUUAGAAUAACCCAAUAUUUCAGUCAAGUGGUUUAUUCUAUUGGUGGAAUAGACUGCAGAAUCUGACAAAAUUCCAAUAACAGAAUAGGGAUCUGCAGAGAAGUCAUAGUGCUAAUAGGAAAACUAAUAGCAGAAUUUGAACAGAAAUAUCGAUUAGAUUUUUUUUAUUAAAUAUAUUCAGAAUAUCAGAGAGUGAAAUGAGAAAUUAGUCUGUGAAUUUUGAAGUAAAACAGGCAAGUAACUAG